AUGGAGAGUGAGAAAACGGAUAAUGAGAAACCAUCAAAACCAUCAAAACUAUCAAAGACAAAAAAAAUAUGUGGACAAGGAAUUACAAAAAUUACAAGAAUAUUCAAUAAAUUAUCCUGCUCGCCUAAACCAAACCAACCAAGUAGAGAUGCUACGACCACUACAACUCCCGUAGUUCUUACAAUGCCACUCAAAAUGCAACCAAAUUUCAAGCGAAUAGCACGUGACCACGCCGCCCGAGCAAUUGCGAAAUACCAAUCGUUAGGGAGUGACAAGUUACAAACACAGCCGCAAUCUGAUACAACGACACAAUUCAAUACGAGUCCCGCUCCUCCCGCUCCUACCGUUCCUCCUGCUCCUCCCACUGCUCCCACCACAAGUAAAUCAAAAGUUGGAACAGUUAAUUUAGUUGAUUAUCAAAGUGAUUCAGAGUGGUAUGGUGAGAUAUAUAUUGGCACGCCUCCACAAAUAUUUAAUAUUGCAUUCGACACUGGAUCAUCAACUCUUUGGGUCUUUGGACCAGGUGCUAACUUGGACUCCAACCCACACCAUGUAUAUGACUACACCAAAUCAGCCUCAUAUGAAUACGACGGUCGUGAAUGGAACAUAACUUAUGGUGAUAACGGAAAGGUCGGUGGCUAUUUGGCGCGAGAUGUAUUUUUUAUCGGUGCAGUUAAUGGAGUUGGCGGAAUCCGUGUUCCCGGACAAUUAUUUGGUAUCGCAAAUCAAACUACAUCACUUUAUGCGUCGGAUAUAAUUGAUGGUUUGGUUGCUCUUGGAUUCGCGUCCAAUACAGCUGUCAAAGGAAUUAAACCAUUGUUUGAUAACAUGAUCGAUAGAAGUCUGCUAAUGCAGAACUUAUUCUCGGUAGCUUAUGUUAAAGAAGCAAGCGGUGGUGAUCUAAAUGGUGGAGAAAUUUCUUUUGGAGGAAUAAAUCCCGCAUAUUAUACUGGUGAUAUUUUGUAUUUAACAGCCAUCCAGCCAUCCUCCUAUUGGCAAGUGACAGCUGAUAAUAUACAAGUAGGCAACAUGAUUCCAAUAAAUAUGUCAGGAAAUGCCAUUCUUGACACAGGCGGCUCGAUAAUAUUACUGCCAAGUGCCGUUUGCUCUGCAGUCUAUUCACAAAUUCCUGGAGCAUACUAUGAUUCAAAUUAUGGUGGAUGGUUAUUACCUGUUAACACUGAUCCGUCUUUAAUUAUUUAUUUCGUGUUUUCCGGUCGGAAAUUUGGUAUUCCGAUUGCUGAUCUGAUAUGGGAUCCAGUCCCUGGUACGAUUUUUGCUGGUGGUGGGAUUCAAAUUCAGCCGGGGACUUAUUGGAUUUUGGGUGGCAUUUUUAUGAAAAAUGUCUAUGCAAUCUUCGACCGUUCAGAAGCCACACCAAGAGUUGGCCUCGCAACUCGCACAUAA